AUUAGCUAUAAAUCGUUAUAAAUGAUUAAAUUGAAACAGCCAUGUACGCUGUGUUCAAGCGUAUGAUUAUAUCGAUUGACGGAUUGUAUCGAAACUAUGAAUAUCGUUUAAAUUCCCCUUUUCAUCGAAUACUUUUAAUUAUCUUAAUAUUUAAAAUUUCAAGAAAUUAAAGCAAUAUGAUGAUUUGUUUUUGGUAAUAUCAUUCAUUCAAGAGAAUUUAAUGUCUUUUGAAAUUUUAAGUGCAGAAUGCCAAGAUUCAUUGGACAUUACAUAGGAAUAUCCUUUCAGACUGAAUUAUUAGUAAUGACUCUAUUAGGUUUGCUCAACAGCACAUUGGAAUGGCAUCCUUUCGACUGGUCUCAACAAAUUGAAAAGAUUUGGAAUCUGUCAUUGACUCAACAGUAUUUCUUUUUCUCUACAGAUUUUGAGUAUUGGAUAAAGACAAUCCUAACAUGGAUCGUUAUCACAAGGAAGAUAGCCGCUUAUGUUUACACAUUUUUAUACAUGAUCAAUUUCUAUCCAAUUUUAACAUGGAGUCGACCAAAUUUACUUCUGCCGUGGCUGAUCCUGAGUUUCUUUCAAAAUCUCAUACUAAAAUCGAUCGUUAUUACGAUAUUCAUAUGGCUAUGGGGUAGAGAAAGAUUUUCUUCAUUUCGAAUGAUCGAAUUUGUUCUCGUUGAACUUCUUUCAUUAACCAACUCUGCAUACGUAUGGUAUGCAAUCGCAUGUUCUUAUAUAGAGUUGAAAAAAAUAGAAAGGAUUAGAAAGAUAAGAAAAGCUUUGCAAGCAAAAUAUUCCAUUGCAUACAAUCUCUUCUCGGAUCGUAGUAGCAUGGAAUUAUCUAGCAAGGACUCAGCAUAUGGUUUGUACUCGGAAAGACGUUAUAUGAGUUUACCUAAUCUGAACGAUGCUUUUUAUCGUUCGAUUUUCAACGAUUUUAAUGAAAGUAGAACAUCUAGAUCGUUGACAACUUUAACGACUAUCAGCAGCUUUGAAUCCGAUGACACGGAAGAAGUCAUUUCUCAGAUAAUUCAUAAUAAUAAUUUGAUACCUGUUGAGAAAUGUAUGAAGCUUUUGGGCUUAACUGAUGUUGAUAUAAUCAACGCACGUGCUAGAGUUCGCAAAAGGAUUUUAGAGAGUGCUAUAAUUAAUAAGAUCCAAGAAGAAUGUGCAAAGAAGAAGGAGAUAGGAAAAAACGAUGUGAGAAAAGAUAGCAGGAUGAGAGAUCCAUCUAUCAUUGAUUACUUGAUGGCAAAAACUGACAUGCCUAUAUUUCGUAAAAAUGAUAAUCGCGUUGAGAAGUUCAGAGAUAUGAAACGAAAAGGUGAUGCAAUUUCAAAACGAACUGAAGCUUCUAAAGACCAGAAGAUUAAUGAGAAGAUCGAAGAUGUUUCAGUCGAAGUAAAAAAAGAACUGAUCGAUGAAGAAGUAGAAUUGGCACAAACUAAGGAAUCCAUAACAGCUUUUGUGCUAGAUCGUAUCGAUGAAAAUGAAGAAACAAAGUUAGAAUUUAUUAAGAAGAAAAAAAAGAAAAAAGCAUGUCCAUUAACGAGAGAGAAAGUAGAGUGUAGACCAUGCUUUCCUCUCGUAGGGGACAGACAAUUGAUGGAAUGUCCUUUCAAGGAGCAAAUUAUCCUUUCUAAUUCUAUUUAUCCUUGCCUUUUAAAUAAAAGAAAUAAAUGUUUAAAUGAAGUUUAUUGUACAUCUAAUCGCGAAAUUGAUGUUCUAAUAAAUGAUAAUAAAAUUCCAGAGGAGAAUAUUAUUUCCUUGGAUGACAUAGACAUCAGAAAAUUACCCGAAAAUGAUGCAACGAUUAUUGAUCAAGAAGAAGAUACAAAGAUUAAUUUUUCACGAAGCCAAAUGACUAAUGCAAAAGAUUUCACUCAUAGAGAAUUGGAAAAUAAUUCUAUCUUAAGUUGUCCACCGUUCUAUCAAAAAUAUAAUAUAACUAAUUUCUAUGGCAAUGAAUUGCUAUUCGAUGAAUUUUUGGAUCCUCAAUUACGAUUUAACGAAAAAUUUGUUGAAAAUACGAACGAUAUAUACAAAGAUAUGUUGUUUAAACCUUCGGAUUCGAAGAAUUUAUUUGAUCGAGGAAAAAUGAUGAUAUGGAAUAAUAAAAACGCAGAAUUAUUAUUUAAAAUACCAAAACAAAUUGCGUGUUACACUGGUGUGGAAUACAAAUCUGUAAAUAAUCCUAAGAUUUCUAACAAGACAGAAUUUAUCGAAGGCAAAUUGCAGAAUUUCGAUCGAGAGUUAAUUACAAAACAUAGAUACACGAGUGUCGAACCAAAAGGAGAAUACAAAAGUAAUGAUCCAUUUAACAUUUAUGAAAGUAUCUGGAGUAACUUAAAUGUAAAUAGUAAUACUAAUAGCCGCAAUAGAAUUAGUACUCAAACUACAGAAAGUUUGGACGAUUAUAUAUACGAUAAUAAAAGGAGUAAUAAAAAUAAUGAUCACAAUGUAGAUACCAAUUAUAUGGACAACGAAUCUUCAAAGUUUGUGACAAAUAUUAAUUUAAAUCGAUUAUUAGAUACCAAGAAUUUAAUUAAAAACGACGAAAGCUACGAAGAUAAUUUAGAAAUUGGACCAUGUUAUUGUAAAAAUUGGAGUAUCUUUGCCAUGUCACAGGUAGCAGAUUCUUCAAAAUGCGAAAAUUCGAGUUUUUUAGAAAAACCAUCUGCAUAUCUUAAAGAAAUUCAAAAUGAAUCACUUCAUAGAUUAACGAAUAUUAAAAAUAAGAUCGUCAAGAAUUCGUUCGAUAGUUGUAAACAUCCCGAAUACUUUGAUCAAUCGAGACGUAACAUAUCAUUGAAGAAGAAAAGGAAACGUAUGACAUCUUCUAAAGAAAGAGAACUUUUAGAAAUGAAAGCUUUGAGAGCUUAUAACGAGAUCACUUUGAUGGAAGACAAACGAGAGAUGGAAAAAAAGAAACAACAGAAAACUAAUAUGCUAUAUUCCUUCAUAGAUAAUACGAGAUCUUGGUCGGCACAAGUAAUGUCUUGUUCUAAAGUGAAAAACAAUUACAGACAAAUACAAAGAAGACACGAGAUUGAUUCAUAUGAAUUUAAUAAACAUCAAAAUCACUUUGAUUCAUACAACGAAAUUGAAAUACACAACACAACUGAUUCUUUCUUCGAAUAUUCUAGUAAAAUCAAUAACGAAGAAUUAAUAAAGGAGAAGGAAAAUUUUUAUUUUCUUGAAAACGAAUCAUCGUCUUCUCAAUUACCCGAUAUACAAAAUAAAGAUGCUGCAAUCAUGUUGAAUCUUUUGAAUCGUCAUGGUAGUGAUUGGUUCAAGCAAGAGUUGAGAAGAAUUCUGGCAAUAAGGGAUAGUCAGGUGUAUAUGAAACAUAGCAAAUCUAAUCAAGAUACUAUGAAACUGAAUCUUUCUUUAAGAAACAGUCAAAAGGUAAUUGAUAGCCUUGAACUUGAUAGAAAUAUUGGGAAAGAAGACAUAAGUAUUCCCUUUGGAUUACCUUCGUCUUAUCAAUAUUUAUCAACCACUUCGGAUUUCGGUUCAAAUCAAAAUUUUAAGACUUCUAAUUUGACGGAAUCUAUUAUUUCUGAAAAAGAUAUGCCUCCUAUGUCGUCCGGUUUAAAAGAUUUCAUUGAAUAUACAGAAAAUAAAAGAGUAAUUGAAGAAGAAGGAAAAGAAGAAAGAAAAAUGAUAGAUACACCAAAAGAAUCUGAAAUUGAAGAGAUCGAGAAAUUUAAGAUCGACAUGUUAAAUGUUGAUAAAGAUAAUUCAUCUCUUUCCUUGACAAAUUCCAUCUCAUUUUCAUCUCUUACAAAAAGUGAAAAUGUAGUCGAACCGAUCGAUGAUCGAAAUCAUCCUCCAGUUAGACGUAGAAAUAUGUCUCUACACAUGAUGGACAUCGCAAGAAACAUCCAUUGGAGUUUACGUCCUCGUGGUAUUCUAUUAACUAAUAAAAAUUUACAAGGAAUGAAUUUCGAAUCGUCCGAUCUUUGUGGUAACCAGCAGAGAGAUAUCGUCGAUGACGUCACAGCCAGUCUGGUCCAUGCUGCUUUCUCUCAUAAACCUGAGAUUAUCAUUCGAACAUUUCCACGUGAUUCACGAUCUAUCAAUGACGAACAAUCCACGUCCUUUUUCGAAAAUUUUUAUAAUAUUUAUCGUUUGCCAUCGACCGUCGACGAAUUUGUUCUUCGUUCUAAUAAUGAAAUGGAUAUUUUUCUUGGAGACGCAUUGACGCUUCCAAACGUUCAAGAAGUCGAAGACGAAGUUAAUGAUCUCGAAGAUAUUCUACAAAGUUCAUGUGAUUCUAUGGAAAUUGAUAGGAACUUUGAUCUUUGUAUUUUGGUGAUGGAAGAUGAGGACUUGUCUUUAGAUUCAAGAUCGACUUCAACCGAUAGUCUUCCUAUAAACGAAGUUGUUCAAUAUGACAGUGAAAUUACUAUUGCAUUGAGUGAAACAAAGACAAUGGAUAACGUUGAUCCAGAAAUAAAUUCCCUUGGCUGUGAGACGUUCAAAGAUACCGAUCAACUUUCCUUGGAAAUGAUAAUAGCUUUCUUCAGUUUUCUCUUAGCUUUUUACAUAGAAAUUCUGGGAUCAUACUUCUUUAUGUCGGAUUUACAUAAUUCUAUAUAUGCUUACAGACCGUACGAACUGCAUUCGGAUACGCUUAAAAACGAUUUUUCUGACGAAUUUUUAUCUGAAAAAUCUGACAUGGUUGCUUCCUCAAAUUCGGUAAAUAUAACAGAGUUUGUCGUUGAACCUAAAAACCAAGAAAGAACCGAUGUGAUCAUCGAUGAAGUUGAAGAGGAUGAUCAAGCUUCGAUAAAAAGUGCAAAUUUGCAAGUUUCAAGUAUAAGAGAUAGUUUUGAUACGAUGUAUACUAAAACUACUGUUGAAUCUGAAAACGCAAUAUCUUUCGAAGAAAACAGUUCGAUGGAAGAUUUUUCUUGA